CUACGGCAUUGUCAAGGAACGUGUUCAUUAGGUACCAUAUUUUUCAUAUAUUGGUCAUAAUCGGUUCCAGUUCGUAUCGCUUCCGAUUUUUCGAGAAAUAAAAGAAUAAAAAAUAAAAAAUAAACAUAUUCCAAUAUGUCCGACAAUACCGAGAGCAAACUUGCGCUAGACCCGAGCGAAGUGCUCGUCUUUGAGGGACCAUUCAACCGCUCGGUGAGCAGGAAGCUGGUCAUCAGGAACACCAGUCAGACCCAGCGAAUGGCCUUCAAGAUGAAGACCACCACUCCGAAACUUUUUUAUGUGCGCCCCAACAUCGGAGUCCUCGCGCCCGAGCAGAAGGUCAGCGUGGACAUCUAUAUGCAGCCAAUUAUGCAGGAGCAGAUACAGAAGCGUCAUAAGUUCCUUCUCAUGGCCGCCGAGGUGACUGGCGACAUAACCGAUAUGCAGGAGUUCUGGAAGAUGCAGAACCCGAAUGAAACUUGGGACACGAAGAUCAAAUGUGAGCUGGUCCCUUCGAAGCAGGACGAUUUCCGUCAGGCGGGAGGUUCAGCUGUAUUGUCCACGGACAACAAGGACGGGGAGGUCCAUUUUGAUGCCCAGGAAGUCAGUGAGCCAAUGGCAAAGUUGCUCAAGCAAGUCAGCAUGCUGGAGGACGAGCAUGUGGUCCUCACAGACCAGAUCGAAAGCUUGCGUGACCAGGCGAUUGGACGCACUUUCUUCUACAUGGCCACCAUAAUAGUCAUUAUACUGGCCGCUGUCGCAGGCGCCUAUUAUGGCAAGACUCAUUUGUAAAUUCCUUAUCAUGGCAGCUUUAAGAACAGAAGGCAGUAAAUUGCACCGAAAUUGUACGAAAAUUUUUUGUCAAUAAAGGACUUUUUGGUUGUCAAUUCUAUA